AAUGCAUCAUAUUGCAUCCGUGGAAGGUUUGGCUGUCAUGCUAAUUUAUCUCUGAAAGGUACUUAUUUGUAUGUCCCUGGGUCUUUGAUUUUCUGGUAUUUUUCCUUUUGCUUUUUUCGGAUUUAUAGCGCGGUUCUUUAAAAUAGUGGCCCUUCUUGGUCGACAAAUGCUGACCUUUUUAAAAGGCAACUAUGCUAAACGCCACGGUGUCAGGGCAGGUUGCUACCGAUGGGAAUUUGAAUUUAACAAUUUUGGACAGUCAGAGGCUUUUGGAGAUGUCUCACCGACCCAUAAAAAUAGGUAUAAUAUCAGUAUUGGGGAUUAUGAUCACACUAGGAAACAUGGCUGUCAUCUCGGUAAUAGCUUCCUCGGUUGCCGGCUGGUCAAAAAACUCACGGUACUUCCUGCUAUCCCUCACCGGAGCCGACGCAGCAUUCGGACUGGUUGUCAUGCCUCUGAAUCUCUGUGUGAGUCUCGUGAAGGACUACAGCGAUGGGCCUGAUCCAUUCUGUCACGUCGUAGCAUUUUUCAACUCCACGAUUUAUGCAACUUGCAUGUACACUCUUGCCACCAUAAGCCUGGAAAGAUACGUGGCGGUGUUUAACCCACUGAAGUACUCAGCCAUGAUGACAAGAAGAAGGACGCUGCUCUUGAUAGCGUUCGCCUGGGUGUUCCCACCUGUUCUGCUUUUACCAAUCUCUUUACCCGAUGGGAUUAUCAAAGUGCACUUCUCCACGGCCUCUUUGGUCUGCAAUCCCUCUUAUUCCAGUAACGUCAUAUAUUCGUUGACUUUAACUGCCUUCAUAUUUUUCCCUUGUUCGACCGUCAUGACCUACGCAAAUCUUCGGUUGUGGUUUGCAGCGAAGAAACAGAGGUUAAAACUUCAAAAGCAUAACAUGGGUGGCCGCAACAGACCUGACGUUGCCUCUCGUGUUCUCAUUCCCGUUAUGACCGUAUACUACACAUGCUGGACGCCUUGCAUGGUGACCAUCUUGUACAAUGCCAUCUCAGGUAACAGAGUGCCAGAGUGGAUGGAGUUUGUGGCUGUGUGGCUGCCCACAGCCAACGGCUUCCUGAACUGCAUCUUCUACUUCUGGAUCAACCGAAGCUUCCGCCGGAAGUUCCGCCUUGUGGUCCAGAGGCUCUGCCUGGCGCUGUGCCCGGCGAUCAGCCGGAGGCUGGGGUGCUCGGCGCCCAUAACGGUGCACGUGGUGGCCGGGGUCUGGGACAACAAUAACUCCAUCCAGGAGCGAACCUCCAGCGUGUCGUCCACGUGUACCUUGCUAACCCUCGUAGCUGAAACUCACAUGUGAAAACAAAGAACCAGCACACCCUGCAGCUCCCCAGGACCUGGGUUGGCCACCCCUGGACUAGACUGUGGCCCCUUCCCCACCAGCUCUCUUCUUAACAGUCUUGACACUGGGCGACGGAUCCUUGGAGUGGUCGUGGAAGGGGGCGGACAACAGAGCUGUGGUGAGGUCACUGUCCUGUCCGCUGGCUGGAUGGAAGCGAUCUUCACAGGACGCCGCAGUGAUCUGUGCAUGGCUCGUGUUCCACCUUCAGACAUUUUGUAGUAAUCAGGAAAAAUGGACUGUGUGUGCGUGUGUGCGUGUGUGCGUGUGUGCGUGUGUGCGUGCGUGUGUGCGUGCGUGCGUGUGUGCGUGUGUGCGUGUGUGUGCGUGUGUGUGUGUGUGCGUGCGUGCGUGCGUGCGUGCGUGUGUGUGUGUGCGGGGGAAGGGGGUGUGUGGGUGUAAUUCAUGAAGUGAGGCUGUGGUGUCUUAAAGGCUCCUCCCGCCCACCCCCCACCAAAAGGUCAACAUGCAAUAUCAUGGCUGCUUUUUCAUCAUCUUGUGCAAUUUUUAUUUUAUUUUUUUUUUCUUAUCUUUUUUUUUUAAGGGAAUUGAUCCUGUGUCCUGUUAUCUCAGGGUAGGCCACAUCCAGUUCUAACUUGUGAUCAAAUUACAGCAUAUGUGCAGUGCAGGUAUGAUUAUUUUAUCCAAUUUCAACCUCUGAUAUAAAUGGCCUUCAUGCGCCAGCUGAGAGGGCCUAUUUAUGUUACUUUUUAGUUGUUUUUUAGUUAUUACAAUCCAAUCUGUUCUGCCUCUUAAAGUCCACACCUCACUUGCCAUCUUGUGUAGUAUAUUAUGGAAGAGGUACUGUGUCAAAAUAUAUUUUUAAGUUAAAUUAGCUCUGGAUUUAUUUGCAGCUUGUCUUUAAAGUAAUUGUAAGUGUAUCUAUGAAAUUCAUAUAGAAUGACCAUGUAUUUAUAUCACGGUCCACUGUUAAUUAGCCAACAUUAAAUGUACUUGCACUUUAAGGGAUGUGAGAAGGAGUCAGCUCUUAAUGCAGUUAUAAGGGGGCUUGAGCCUUAUGGAUUAUCCCUAUCCUAAGGCAUUCUACCCCCAGGUCUAAACAUCAAACCUGCUUUGCAAAAUGUUUAGUCUGUGAGCCUGUAUUUAUACCAGUUAUCAUGUAGACCCUUCACAAGUGUUUGCUGUUCAUUGUGUACCAUCUCUGGUUUUUUCCUUUGUCAGCCAAAGAGAGCAGAGUGCAUGAUUGGCAGGGUGGGUGCUGAGUGGUGGUGCUUGGGAGAAGGCCUCAGGAAUUGGGAGUGCAGUUGGGCUGCUGCAGAAUGGCAACAGUGAAACAGGCUGAGCCCGCUGGGCGCUAGGUCUACCUUCAUGUGCCGCCUGUAGCUGCUGCACUGUAGCGCAUGCAGAGAGGAAAGGGUAACUGAGGCAUGGUAUCGCGUGAAGGUCAGUGCGCCCCUUGUUUUGACAAGUGCAUCAUUUUAAAAUUUACUGGUCUGCCAAACAAGCGGGGCCAAUAAAAACAAAACUGGGAACUGACGCCUCUCCUCCUUGUUGCUUACUGUUGUGGGGCUGGGGAGGCCUUUAAUGUGUGCACCCCUGCAGCAUAUUGCUGGUGAAAACAAGUACUUUCGUUGUUGUGCAGACUGUUUGACUGCCUAUUGUAAAGAAAAGGUUGAGUAUACGAUACAAAUGCCAAAGUGGGUUAAUGGAACUGAGAAAUGUUUGUGCUUUAAAUGGAAACAAAAUUAACAAUAAUGUUUUUGAGCACACCUAUAGAAUAUAGGAGUCAUUUGUCUGUUGAGAUCAAUGCUAUACGUGCUUGUCAGAAUUUUAAAGCUUUUUAACCUUACAGUAGUCUGUUGCAGUUUAUCAGCUAUUAUGGGAUAUAGGCGAAUGAAGACUAGCAUGAUUCGAGCACCAUCAGUACCUUGAAAAUAAACUGUCAGUAUUAAAAUGUGCCUCUUUUAACCAAUUAAUGAAGAUGUGCAUUUAAUAAGUGCAGUUUCAGAGAUUAUGAAAUAUACAUUGUAUAUAUUUGAACUUUUAUAUUGUUUAUAAAAAAGUGAAAACUGAAAAAAAAAAUGCCCAAAGUGCUUGUUAUGUUUUGAUAAGUUUAAUAUGGGAAAAUAAAGCUUAAUGCCAUAGUUUA